GCCAAGGAAGAGGUGGAGAGGAACCUCGAGGCGAUGACGGCUGAGCGUGACGAUCUGACGGAGAAGCUGCAGAGCACCGAGGACGCCAAGGAAGAGGUGGAGAGGAACCUCGAGGCGAUGACGGCUGAGCGUGACGAUCUGACGGAGAAGCUGCAGAGCACCGAGGACGCCAAGGAAGAGGUGGAGAGGAACCUCGAGGCGAUGACGGCUGAGCGUGACGAUCUGACGGAGAAGCUGCAGAGCACCGAGGACGCCAAGGAAGAGGUGGAGAGGAACCUCGAGGCGAUGACGGCUGAGCGUGACGAGUCUGACGGAGAAGCUGCAGAGCACCGAGGACGCCAAGGAAGAGGUGGAGAGGAACCUCGAGGCGAUGACGGCUGA